AUGAGGAAUCUCAGCCUCGUCACCUCCGUCAUCGCCGCCUCGGCGUGCCUCGUACAUGGCGCCCCCACGGGGAAGUCCGAAAGGGUUGCAUACAAAUGCAUUCCCGUUGCGGCCGACGGCACAGCGGUGUCCAACUCGGCUGAAAUGGCCGUGACCCUGCCCGCGGACUCUGUCGCCGGCGCGAGCCGCUCCGUGGCCGGCACCUCGGGCGGCGCUGGCGCUGCACCCGGGGAUUCGUCCGGCGCUGCGAGCGGGUCCGGCAUCACCAACUCCGUUACCAUCAGCAACGCUGAGACCGGGUCAGUCGGGUCGACUGGCUCCUCCAGUGUUAACGAGGCUUCUGCCAGCCCCCGGGGUGGAUCCUCUGCCGACGGCUCCAGGUCGGCCUCGGGCCCAAGCACCGGCGCCAGCUCCGUUUUGACCGGUAACUCGUAUAUCAACUCGACCCGAUCCAGCGUCCCGAGCAUCUCGUCCGUCGUUUCUGAGAGCGCAUCAUCCGCCACCCAGUCCUCCUCAGUCGACAUUGCCGGCGCCGGCGCUCAGGUCGUCGGCUCGGCGGGCUCUUCGGCCGGCGAAAACUCAGCCGUUUCCCAGGCCAGCUCGAUCAGUGGUGCCGCCUCCGGCAAGGAGGCUGCCCCCGUCGCUGUCGACGCCGGCUCUAGCAACGGUUCCACCAGCGGCUCCGGUACCAAGUCCGGCAGCCCUUACCAGGACGCCAGCGGCUCCCCUGCCGCGACAAGAUCCCCUGCUGCGACGAGCACCCAGUCCGGCGCCUCCAAGACGGCCACGGCGACACACGGCGCCGACACCAGCGUCUCUUCCCAGGGCCCCGCCGCCUCGGCCCAGAAGAAGCCCCAGCCGCAAUACGAAAAGGAGCUCAACGGCGGCGGCGUCCUCGGCCCUCUCAACAGCGCCAUCAAGAUCGGCAAGGCCGUCGCCGGCCCCGCAGGCAACAUCAUGAACGCCGUCACCGGCCCCGUAGGCCACGUCAUGGGCGCCGGCAUCGACGCCGCCCAGGGUGCCGUCGACGUCGCCUUCAAGGCUGCCGGCGACACCAUCAACCUCAUCCCCGACGCCGCGGGCAAGGCGCUAGCCGGUGACAUCCCCGGAGCCGUCACGGGCGCCGUGUCUGAUGCUGCAAAGCUCGCCACCGGCAUACCCAUGGAUAUCGCCAAGAUCCCCAUCAACGCUGCCGAUACCAUUCUCAACGGCCGCGACGUCUCCGAGGGUGAGGCGCAGACUAGCAGCCACGAGAACUCCCGCCGCGGAAUCGUGGACAACAUCAUGAACACGGGCGUCGAUGCUGCCCAGGGCGCCGUCGAUCUCGUUUUCAAGGCCGCCGGCGACACCAUCAACCUCAUCCCCGACGCCGCAGGCAAAGUCUUGACCGGAAACAUCCCGGGAGCCGUGACCGGCAUGGUGUCCGAUGCCGUCAAGCUCGCCACCGGAGUGCCCGGACAUGUUGCCAAGAUCGCCACCGGUGCCGUGGGCAACGUCAUGGGCAGCCCCAACACCGCAAAGGGCCGCCCCCAAACCGCAAAGAUAUAUGCCUGA